AGUUGAAUCAUGAAAGCACAUAGGUUUAACUUCAUUGGUCUGCUUUUUCUACAUUAAUCAGAGUCUACAAGUUAGAAAGGCUAGAUUAUGAUUUAAAAGAUAGGGGGGUAAUCUUUCAUUUUCAAUGGCUGAUUUUCAGCACCUGAUUGAGUGGGAAACUUAAAGCUGAAGUUUAAAUCCUUCAUUGUCAAUGGUUGAUUCUUGGAAGGGUCCCACCUGCUAAUUCUGCUUAGUGGGUGGGUCCACUUAUACUUGAUUUUAGACUACAGAGUCUCUGUCUUGGAAAGAUUGCAAUGUUUAUAAGGGGAAUGGCUUCUGGGUUGAGCCACAGGAGGCCUAAUAGUUGUGCCAUAUUUGUCAAUAAGCUUUCUUAUGUGACCAUCUUUUUACUCUGUUGAUCCUGCAACUAAAAUUUUAGCCAUGAAAAAGACUAUUGACCUUUGUCACGGGCAAUGACAUGAUCAACAUUGCUCAUUUUCACCCCUAGCAAACACCUAUGAAACAAAACCACUCAAUAAAAAUUUCGAUAGUUCUAUUUUUUUCAAACUCUCAUUAGAUACUGACAGUAUUGCUUUAUGAUAAUAUAAUGUCACCUUAUGUGCGUAGACGUUCCUCCAUAAAAUUCAUAUUGUGACAAGUACAUUAGCUGAUAUAAAUUGUCAAAUGAUCUAUAGUUUUAAUUGUCACGAUUUUGCUCUUGGCAAAAAUUUGGAUUUUUAAAUAUUAUGUAGUCUGGUUUUAAUUAUUGCAACCAAUUAUUAAACAGUAGACGAAUCAUUGCCCUCCCAUAUUAUUAUUACUUUAAUUCCAAGUUACACUGUUUGAUAGUUAUGAAAACAACUAUAUGCAAAAUAAUACAUACAAACAAACAUCAUAAUUGCCAAAAUGAGUAUAGUUCAACUAACAUAGUGUUUGUACCAUGAACCUUGACGUUAUAGGCUCGAUUUCCGUCCCAUAUGUUGUAAAACAGAAGAACAGAAGAACAAAAGUCAUAACUAAUAAGGGCAUGGUCAUAUAUUUAUAGGUUCAAUACAAUACUUAGGUACAAAAUAACUAAUACAAUGAAGGGAAGUUUAUUAAUUAUAAACAUAACAUUAAAACAUAUAGGUAAACCCCCUUUGUGAGAAUAUAAUUUAUUGUACAAUCUCAAAUGUAUAUACAAGAAGAAAAUCCUUCAAGGGCUUUCUACUCUUGUAGUAUGAUGAAAUGAAGACCAAAAAGAACUUUCCCUUGAGAAGAAAGAGUUUCCAGAACAUAGUCUAAGCAUAUAAUGACAAAGAAAGGUCACUUGAGACAAUAAUAAAAGCUCUCUACUUUCUGCCUCCUACUGUUGGCCGACACAUAAUAAAGAGCAGCACAAAGGGCUCUGCUGGAUCUUGCUUUUGGACCAUCUGCUAGAAUUAAAGCAAGAAAACUGGUCUUUGCUCUUUGCUGAUCUCCUUCAUAACUCUUUCUCUAAUGGAUUCUUCUCACUGGCCUCAGGUUGAAGUUAAAAACAUGGAAUUAGAAGAAGAGGGAAUAAAGGCAGUUGUGGAAAGAAAAGAAAAGGCUAGGAAAGACCAAAUAUUGAACUGUCCAAGAUGCAAUUCCAACAAUACAAAGUUCUGUUACUACAACAAUUACAGCCUCGCACAGCCAAGAUACUUUUGCAAGUCUUGUAGAAGAUAUUGGACAGCAGGUGGGUCUUUGAGGAACAUUCCAGUAGGUGGGGCUUCCAGGAAGAACAAGAGACCUUCAGCUAAUUUUUCAUCACCUCCUUCAAAGAACAAUCAAAAGAAUUAUAAUAAUGGUGACGAUGAUGAUCAUCAGGACAUCUCUCAAUUAAAUAUCAAUACUACUUCUUGUUCUUCAACUGCUGCUAAUACUGCCACUUCUUGUUGUUGGCUGUCAUCUGAUGAUACUCAUGUGAAUAAUCAAAUAAUGCUGAGAAGUAGUGGAAUAAUGUCUCAAAGAGAGCUGAUUCCUUUUAUUCCAAUGCCUACACCAGCUCCUCAACAGCCCACUGCUGCUGCUACUGCUUUGGAGGAUUUUAAGCAACUUUCAACCAUCAUUUCUACUGAUCAAAAUGGAGGAACCAAAUUGGGGGAUGUUCCUGCUUUUUGGAAUGGAAUUUUUGGUGGAGGUUCAUGGUAACUUCUUCACAAAAAUAAGCUACAGGUGAAUUAAAUCUAUAUAUGUAUGUAAAUUUGGGGUGAUUUUAUAUUCUCAUUGGAUUUUUAGUAAAACACACCCACACACACAAAUAUCAUCUGUUUACUUUUCAUUUCUUGGCUUAAGAAUUGAAAGGGAAAAGAUAUAUAACUUUUUUUUAUACUGGAUUUUUAGAAACUAAAAAGGGGUCAUUUUGAAGAUGUUAAUGAUCAUAGUGGGUGUGUUUUAAUUAUUUUGUUUUUAUAGUACAGAAAUCAAAACCAAAACAAAAGGGGUUUGAAUAUCCCUAUAGACAGCCAAGGUUACCCAUGAUAGAUGAUCUUCUCUUCCUAAGAGGCCUUGAUUCUCUCUUUAAUUAUGUGUGUUAUAUUUGUGUUUGGGGAUACUUUUAAUUUUUAUUAAGCAGUUAAUAUUUGUGUCUAAUUAGCUUCAAGAGAUUGCUGUAUGAAAAUACAUAAGGUUUGAAAAGAGAAAAUAAAAAACAGAGAAAUUAGAAAAUAAAAUCUUGUCCUUUUAAUUAA